CGAGGACUUCCUGGAAACCAAAGGCAAGCCAAGGAAACAGGUGUGACCAGCGGGAGGAGCCAGAGGAUGAGUGGGAUCUUGAAGAGGAAGCUUGAGGAGGGCCCGUCCCCUUACCUCUCCCUGCAGGGUUCUGAUGAUGAUGAGGUUUCCUGUAGCGACAGCGGCAACAGCAGCGAUAGUCUCAACCACCCCGUCCCCGCCGGACUGCUGGACUCGUCUCUCCAGCAGCCGUCAAAGCGGCUGCGGGGCCGCAACGUGCACUUUGAGAGCGUCACGGUCUACUACUUCAACCGGCGGCAGGGCUUCACCAGUGUGCCCACGCAGGGUGGCAGCACCCUGGGGAUGUCGCCGCGCCACAGCGGCGUGAGGCGCUUCACCCUCAGGGAGUUUGCCAUGGAGCAGAAGAGGAGCCACCGCAACAUGCUGAGGGAUCAUCUCAAAGAGGAGAAACUCAAUGCCAUCAAACUCAAACUGACCAAGAAUGGCACGGUGUCGUCCGUGGAGGCGGACACCCUGACGCUCGAUGACAUCUCUGAAGACGACCUGGACGUGGACAACGCAGAGGUGGACGAUUACUUCUUCCUGCAGCCCCUGACGACCAGGAGGCGCCGCGCCCUUCUCCGGGCCUCGGGCGUCCGACGCAUCGACGUGGAGGAGAAGCACGAGCUGCGCGCCCUGCGCAUGUCCCGGGAGGAGUGCGGGUGCCGCUGCCGCGGGAUAUGUGACCCGGAGACCUGUGCUUGCAGCCUGGCCGGCAUUAAGUGCCAGGUAAAUGGAACCGUGGUGGACCGCAUGUCCUUUCCCUGCGGCUGCACCAAGGAGGGCUGUAGCAACACUACGGGGCGCCUGGAGUUCAACCCGGUCCGGGUGCGGACGCACUUCCUGCACACCAUCAUGAAGCUGGAGCUGGAGAAGAGCCGCGAGGAGCAGCAUCAGCGGCAGCCGGAGCAGCAGCUUGUAACCAAUGGCAACAGUUACCAUGGAGACUCCUCCUUGGUCCAGCAGCAGCAGCAGCCGCAGCAGCAGCAGCCGAACCUGCAGUUUCAGCUGAUGAGCGGCACGCCGCACAUGCCCAUCAUGCACCUCCAGAGCGCAGGUGACACGGAUUCACAUCUAGACGAAGAGGAGGAAGAGGAAGAAGAAGAGGAGGAGGAGGAGGAGGAAGAAGAAGAAGAAGACGAGGAAGAGGAGGAGGAGGAUGAUGAAGCAUAUGAGGAAGAUGAGGAUGGCAGCAGUGUUUGCAGCGGGCUGUCGGACUGCAGCACACACAGCUUAGAAACAAUUGACCCUGAGGAGGGAGAAGAGGACGAGGAGGACGAAGAAGACGAUGAGGAGGAGGACGAAGAGGAAGAGGAGGAAGACUGGGACUGCUCAUUACACGCAACGAAUCCUCCGCCCUUCUCUGUUCCACUUCCGUCUGUGCUGACUUACUCUAACAACACACUCAUGAGCCUCAGUAACCCCUUCCACAACGCUCCCCCCAUGCAGCAUUAUCAGAUGGACGGCUCUGUAAACGACACGCCUGCUUUUCUCAGUGAAAAUGUCCCCGUCACUCCCACACUCCCCACAGUAGAGACUGCGUUAGAGUCUGAAAUAAACACAGAACUCCGCUGCCGAACAUUCCCCGACCCCACAGAGUCCCUGGCGCUCCAAGCCUGCUCACGCGUAGACGCCCGCGAGACUGGCGCCGCACCUGCCGGCGCGGCCGGCGCACGGCCGCCCUCCACAGGCCCCCAGAACAGUCCGGACGACCGUGACUCACAGACUGAGGCUUCGGCCGGCCCUGUGGAGCAGGCAGGGGAAGAAAGGAUAAGAGCGCCGUUACAGGAGCCGCCGCAAACGCGAGGAGCUUUGCCUGAUGAAAAGACGGACGCAUCUUGCUCAGAGUGUGUCUGA